AUGGUUAAAAUUGAAGAGUUAAAUCGGAAGAGAAGUUCGGCGAAGAAAAAGUUCGACGACGAGGUAAAAAGCUUCGAAUUUGUGCUAGAAGCUCGCCCGGAAAUACAUAGUCUUGAAGAGGCUUUUGGCGAAGUCAAGGUAAAAUAUAAAGCUGUAAGAGAAAUACAUGAUGGAAUUACUGACUUAAUGGUCGAAGCUGACAUUGAGGAAGCCGAUUUUACAAACCAUGAUAUUUUUAUUACGGAAAUCAUUGCAAAAUAUGGCGAUUUACUCUCAAAGUUAGAACAAUAUCGACGAAAAUGUGAAGUAGAUCAAACAUCAAAGGGACUACCGACUGAAAUGGAACCCAAACAACAGAGGUCUAAUCUGGAGAGAAUCAAGGUACCACAAUUUUCUGGAAACAUUAAAAAUUAUCGAACAUGGAAAAGAAUUUUCGAGGACACUAUGAAGAGAAAUUAUGAAAAUGAAGGAAGUCAACUUGCAAGAUUGAUUGAAGCUAUCCAACCCCCCCCCCCCCUGAGAUAUGAAAUUGAAUGUUUUACUACAACUAAAGCGAUAUGGGAAUUUCUCGACAAGUUAUUUGGAGACGACAAAGAGUUGAUUAAAAUUUUGAUGAAUGAUAUCAAAACAAUGAAACCCUUGAAGGUCAAAGAUGCAAAGUCGAUUCGGAAUUUGGUCGCAACAGUUCGUGGGUUUAUUCUCAGAAUGGAGGAUGUUGGAGCAUCUGACGAAGCCAAAAGUAGAUAUGUGUUUGCUGAUAUUCUGGCGAAAUUGACGGUAGAAGAUCAAAGAGCUUACGCACGGAGUAUGAUGAUACAAAGAAGAUUGAAAGCCUGCAUACCUUGUUGGAAUACCUAGAAGAAGAGGCAAAAAUAAUGGCAAGUAGUCAAUCGGAUCAACGCUCUUCAAAAAUUGGGAUUUAUCCAGUUAAUGUGGACGGUGGUUACAAUGUUGCCCCUGGUUGUGGUUUGGGUUGUUCCCAACAACAUGGUUUAGGUUAUUGUCCAGCAUUUAAGAAGAUGAAAGUGAAGGAAAAGUGGGAAGUGGUGAUUCAGUCCAAGAGAUGUAAAAAAUGUCUGCGAACUGGACACCGACACCAACAGUGUUCGCGAAAGGCAUGUGAUAUCAACAGUUGUGGAAGACCACAUCAUUACCUAUUGCAUAAAGAUCCAAAACAAGUGGACAAUGGCAAUCUGAACCCUGAUGCACAACCAUUCAAACCAGAUCAGGAGGAAGCUACAGGCACGGGAAAGUCCAAUCAGAUUGGUGCUAUUUCAGCUGGUAAUGCAGGAACUGCAAAUGUACCAACUCAAAAGGUCAAAGUGCACAGUGCCAAUGGGAACUCUAUUGAGGGACUUGCCAUGGUUGAUAGUGGUUCUAAUAAGAGUCUCAUUCGGAAAGAGUUUGCGGACAAGCUCGGUUUGGUCGGAGAAUCAAAAAAGAUGAAGAUGUAUGUUGCAGGCGGUGGAAUUAGAGUUGAAGAUUCUGCUGAGUUUGAUUUAAAGAUAUCGCCCUGUUAUGAUGAAGAUAUUGUAUUCAAUGUGAGAGCUUAUUCAGUCAAGCAACCAUGCCAAGCAGCCAAAACUAUUUCAAAGAAAGCGGUAGUCAGAUUUCCUCACCUUGUUCGAAUUGUAGAAGAUCUACAUUUAAAUGGCGGUCCAGUGGACAUUCUAUUGGGAACAGAUCUACCGGAAGCCCAUCGUGAUUUUAAAGUUCUGGCGGGUAACCCUGGUGAACCGAUUGCAAAGAAGAACAUCUUUGGUUGGUCAGUCCUUGGUAAUCUUGAAGAGAAUAGUACACCUGGAAUUUUUGCUGUCGAAACCAUUGACGACAUAACAAAGGACCAGGACAUAAAGAAAUUAACUUUCCAAGAUCAAUUAAGAAUCAAACCAACUGGUUACUGUACAUGCUCUGAGAAAGAAAUGCGAGAAUGUGCAUUCAUUCAACAUGUUCGGGAGUCUACUAGAGUUUUGGAUGAUGGAAGAAUUGAAGUAAGAAUGCCUUGGAAACCAGAACAUACCAAUCUACCUAACAACCGGUCUGUCGCGUUCGAACGAAUGGUGUCGAAAGAAAGGCAGCUGGUAAAGAAAGGAAAGUUGGAGGCGUUUAACAAGGAAGUAAAAGCUUUGGUCGACAGAGAGGUGGUCAUUAAGCUGAAACAAGAGGAAGUAAACCCAGAGGAGCCGGCGUGGUAUCUACCGAUUGGAGAAGUGGAAAGUCCCGACAAGACUACCAAGUGCAGAUUAGUUUUCGAUGCAGCAGCCAAAAUGGACGGACUUUCCCUCGAUGAUGCUCUUGAAAAAGGACCAUGUCUUAUGAAUUCCUUAUUUGAUGUGUUGAUUGGCUGGAGACAGAAUGGAGUCGCCUUUGCUGGAGACAACUCGAAGAUGUUUAAUGAGAUAGCUGUCCAUCUGGAUGAUCAGAAAUACCACAGAUUCUUGUGGAGAGACGGAGAAACUGACAGAGAGCCUGACAUGAAUGCCAUUAAUCUUCUCGCUGAUAGAGUUCAAGUCAAAUCACCAGAAGCAGCAAGAAUCCUAAAGGAUAAUACUUAUGUUGAUGACGUUGCGGGGUCGGAGACAUCACCAGAGAAAGUCAAGAAAGUGGUCGAUGGUAUCGAUACCAUUUUGGGCAAAGGCAAGUUUGCCAUCAAAGCGUGGCACAGCAACAGCCCAGAGAUUGAUCAAGAUGGCAACGAGAAUCCGGUGAGUCUACUGGGUCAUCAAUGGAACAUGAAAGCUGAUAGCAUUGCUUUGAAGAGCGAGACAGUGUAUACAGAUCUCAGUUAUUGUACGAAACGAAAGGCUCUUGGUGUGGUGUCUCAACUGUGGGAUCUGCUAGGACUGAUGGCGCCAGUUACAAUUCGGUUUCGAAUUGAUCUCCAAAAUCUAUAUCAGUGGGAUGAGUUAUUGCCACCUGAAGAAAAGUUAAAAUGGCAAAAAAAUGUCGGAGUUGGUGAUCUUGUAUUAGAAAUCGAUGGGAAUCGCAAGAGAGGUGAGUGGCAAAUGGCGUUGGUGGAAGAAGUAUUUCCUGGUGGUGAUCGUAAAGCCAAGAUCAGAGCGUCGAAGGGAGUCUACGAAAGACCCAUAGCGAAGUUAUGCUUAAUUGCAACCCGACAAGAGCUCGAUCGCGAGCAGAAUGAAACUUUAGUACAACAUAGUUAA